GACACUUACUUCCGGUUUGGGGACGGAAACGCAAAGCUGCUGUGUAAUCGUACAAUUUAGCCCGUUCAGCAGCUCUGUCUGAUAGUUAUAAACAAUAAAAAUCCUGACGAAUAAAAAUGCCGGACUAUUUAGGAGAUGACCAGAGGAAGACAAAGGAGGAGGAUAAGGAUGACUCACCAAUCAGAUCUUUGGAUGAAGGAGACAUUGCUCUUCUGAAAACUUACGGUCAAAGCACGUACUCCAGACAGAUAAAACAAGUGGAAGAUGACAUCCAACAGCUGCUUAAGAAAAUCAAUGAACUCACAGGUAUUAAAGAAUCAGACACGGGGCUGGCAUCACCCGCUUUGUGGGAUCUGGCUGCUGACAAGCAGACCCUUCAAAGUGAACAACCACUGCAAGUUGCAAGAUGCACAAAGAUCAUAAACGCAGACUCCGAGGACCCUAAAUACAUCAUCAAUGUCAAGCAGUUUGCCAAGUUUGUGGUGGACCUGAGUGAUCAGGUGGCCCCGACUGACAUAGAGGAAGGCAUGAGAGUUGGUGUUGACAGAAACAAGUAUCAGAUCCAUAUCCCUCUGCCACCUAAAAUCGAUCCGACUGUCACCAUGAUGCAGGUGGAGGAAAAACCUGACGUUACCUACAGUGAUGUCGGUGGCUGUAAGGAGCAGAUUGAAAAGCUGAGGGAAGUCGUUGAGACCCCCUUGCUCCAUCCCGAACGGUUCGUCAACUUGGGCAUCGAGCCUCCGAAAGGUGUGCUUCUGUUCGGACCACCCGGCACCGGUAAGACCCUGUGCGCCCGUGCCGUGGCCAAUCGGACAGACGCCUGCUUCAUCAGAGUCAUUGGUUCGGAACUGGUGCAGAAGUAUGUGGGAGAGGGAGCCCGGAUGGUGAGAGAACUUUUCGAGAUGGCCAGGACCAAGAAAGCAUGCCUUAUCUUUUUUGAUGAAAUAGAUGCUAUUGGAGGCGCACGUUUCGACGACGGUGCUGGCGGAGACAACGAGGUCCAGAGGACCAUGCUGGAGCUCAUCAACCAGCUGGACGGUUUCGACCCGCGCGGAAACAUUAAAGUGCUGAUGGCCACCAACAGGCCUGACACUUUGGAUCCGGCCCUGAUGAGACCAGGACGUCUAGAUAGGAAGAUUGAGUUCAGCUUGCCUGAUCUAGAGGGUCGGACGCAUAUCUUCAAGAUUCAUGCUCGUUCCAUGAGUGUGGAGAGAGACAUUCGCUUUGAGCUGUUGGCUCGCCUCUGUCCCAACAGCACAGGUGCCGAGAUUCGCAGCGUGUGCACUGAAGCCGGUAUGUUUGCAAUCAGAGCUCGCCGGAAGAUCGCCACUGAGAAGGACUUCCUGGAGGCUGUUAACAAGGUCAUCAAGUCCUACGCCAAGUUCAGCGCCACGCCCAGAUACAUGACUUACAAUUAGGUGUGUGUGUGUAUAUUUUGUUUUCCAUGUCCUCUAGAAGGCAGAGUGGAAAUAAAUCCUUUUUGUUGUCAGAUGUUAAAAAUAAAAGUUUAUUCCAUGAG